AGUGGUUUCUGCGCAGCCUGGGCAGGGUCUGGUGACCUUUGAGGAGGUGUCUGUGCGUUUCUCAGAGGAGGAGUGGGUUCUGCUGGACCCAGGCCAAAGGACUCUGCACAAGGAAGUCAUGGAGGAGAAUCGUGGGAUCCUGGUCUCUCUGGGUGAGUGCAGGCAGAGCAAGGAAAAUGGCGUAGACCACAGAAUGGAAACUGAAGAGAAGUGGGGAAUCAAAUCCAUUCCUUUUGAAGGAUCAGACGUCCAAGAAACUCCAAUACUAGAAGUACCAAGUAAAAGGGACAUUCCCAAUAGGAAGACACAGAGGAAAAGCUCUCAGGAUAUAGAGACUCAGAAGACAUGCCUUAGCAAAUAUCAAAGGUUUCAAUGCUUAGAGUGUGAAAAACCAUUCAGUUGCAACUCACUACUUAAGUUGCAUACAAGAAUUCACACAGGGGAGAAGCCCUAUAAAUGUUUUGAAUGUGGGAAAGAUUUCACCUUUAGCUUAAGCCUUAAGCAGCAUGAAAGAAUUCACACUAGGGAGAAGCCCUAUAAAUGUGUAGAGUGUGGAAAGAGCUUUGCUCGCAUGACACAUCUUAAGCAACAUCAAAGAAUUCACACUGGGGAGAAGCCCUAUAAAUGCUUAGAGUGCGGAAAGAGCUUUGCUCACAUGACACACCUUAAGCAACAUCAAAGAAUUCACACAGGGGAGAAGCCCUAUAAAUGUUUAGAGUGCGGAAAGGGCUUCAUUCAGAGCAGCCACCUGAAUAUACAUCAAAGAACUCACACAGGGGAGAAGCCGUUUGAGUGCUCGGAGUGUGGAAAGGCCUUCAGUCAGAGCGGACACCUUAAUCAACAUCAAAGAAAUCAUACAGGGGUAAAGCCCUAUAAAUGCCUAGAGUGCGGAAAGGGCUUUGUUAGGAGUGGAGAUCUAAAGCAACAUCAAAGAAUUCACACAGGGGAGAAGCCCUAUAAAUGCUUAGAGUGCAGAAAGAGCUUUGCUCGCAUGACACAUCUUAAGCAACAUCAAAGAAUUCAUACAGGGGAGAAGCCCUAUAAAUGCUUUGAGUGCAGAAAGAGUUUUGCUCACAGCACAAGCCUUAGGCAACAUCAAAGCAAUCACACGGGAGAGAAUCCCUAUAAAUGCUUAGAGUGCGGAAAGAGCUUCAUUCAGACCAGUCUUCUUCAGCGACAUCAAAGAAUUCACACAAAGAAGUGUGUGAAUGCAUAAAAGUGUUCACUGUUUGGAGCACAAUUCCAUCUCGAGGUUGCACUUUGCCUCACAUCAAAUGAUCCAUUUAGGUGAGGAGCGCUAUGAAUGUUUUGUUUGUAGAAAGCACUUUCAUUGGAAUACAUACUGUAACUUGCAUCGAAGAAUUGAUACAGGAGACAAGGCCUUUCCUCGUGAGAUUUGAACUCACUGCAUUUCUUUCCUGCUGUAGGCAUGGGGAACCAUUCGGGUGGUGGUUUUUGUUUUUUGGUGGUGACCCCCCGACAGUGGAACGAUCUUCCCUAUGAGGCUCGCCUGGCUCCAACAUUGUUAUCUUUCAGGCACCAGGUCAAGACUUUCAUCUCCUCCCAGGCAUUUAACGGCAUUGAACGCUAAGUUUGUUUUUUAAUGGACCCCAGAGAGGUUGUUUUAAAUGGAUGCUGCUGUUUUUAUACUGUUGUUUUUAUGUCUCUGAUGGCUUUUAAAUUUUGUAUAUUUUUAAUGUUUACUGUUUUUAGCUUUUGUGAACAGCCCAGAGAGCUUCAGCUGUGGGGCGGUAUGUAAAUCUAAUUAAAUAAAUAAAUCUCCCAA